GUUAGUAAUUUCAUAGUCACGAGAAAAAACGAGAUUUCAAUCUACCAAGCGAAGCCGACAAAGAAAAUCAAAUGCAGCCACAACAGCGGUCCUUCCCAGCACAGGGACCACCAAUGAGACCAUUUCCCCAGCCAGGUUAUUCCCCUGGUCCAAGGCCCGGUGGAUAUGGUGGCCCUCCACAGAUGAUGGGCGGUGGACCACAAAGGGUUAUGCCCGGUAUGCCUGGAGCUCAUGGAGGAAUGGCACCUCAUCCUUAUGCAGCCGGCAGUUCUGCCUCAGGAUCUACCAGCACAAAAGGAAGUAUGAGAUCAGGUAUGUCUCCAGGCAUGCCCCCACCCCCUGGACCACCUGGAAUGCAGACCCCCAUGGAUCGGAAAAGAUUACCAGAUCCCAGAACAGUUCAUCAUAUGAAAGCGAAACAAAAAAAGAAGAAAGUUGCUGAUAAAAUUUUACCACAAAGGGUUAGAGAUUUAGUACCUGAAUCACAGGCAUAUAUGGACUUGCUGGCAUUUGAAAGAAAAUUAGAUGCUACAAUAAUGAGAAAGAAACUUGAUAUUCAAGAAGCUUUAAAAAGACCAAUGAAACAAAAGAGAAAACUAAGAAUAUUCAUUUCCAACACAUUCUUUCCUGCUAAAGCUGAAGGGGAGGAUGGAGAAGAAACUGUUGCAUCAUGGGAGCUUAGAGUAGAAGGAAGAUUGUUAGAAGAUGCUGCUAGUGCAAAGAUUAGUGACACAUCAAAACUUAAAAGGAAAUUCUCAUCAUUCUUUAAAAGCUUGGUGAUAGAACUAGACAAAGAAUUGUAUGGACCAGACAAUCAUCUUGUGGAGUGGCACCGUACACCAAGUACACAAGAAACUGAUGGAUUCCAAGUCAAACGUCCAGGUGACCAGAAUGUUAAAUGCACAGUCUUGUUAAUGCUUGAUUACCAGCCACCACAGUUUAAGUUGGACCAGCGACUUGCACGUUUAUUAGGAGUACACACACAGACAAGGCCAGUUAUUAUCAGUGCUUUGUGGCAGUAUAUUAAGACACACAAACUACAAGAUCCAAAUGAGAGAGAAUACAUUAAUUGUGACAAAUAUCUCGAGCAGAUCUUUGAGUGUAAAAGAAUGAAAUUUGCUGAGAUUCCAGGGAAGCUACAUAACUUGUUGAUGCCACCAGACCCGAUUGUUAUCAAUCAUGUUAUAACUAACUUUACAUUUCACAGAGUUGAGGGACCUGAUGCAAGGAAGACCGCUUGCUAUGAUAUUGAUGUUGAAAUAGAUGACACACUGAAGCAGCAGAUGAACUCAUUCUUACUGACCACACAAAGUCAGCAAGAAAUCAGUAACCUCGACAACAAGAUUCAUGAAACUGUUGAAACCAUUAAUCAGUUGAAAACCAACAGAGAAUUCUUCCUCAGUUUUGCCAAAGAUCCACAAGAAUUUAUUAAUAAUUGGUUGAUAUCACAAACCAGAGACUUAAAGACAAUGACAGAUGUAGCUGGCAAUCCAGAAGAAGAGAGAAGAGCUGACUAUUUCUACCAACCAUGGUGCCAGGAAGCUGUGUGUAGAUACUUCUAUGGAAAGGUUCAGCAAAGAAGAAUGGAAAUCGAGCAAGCUUUGGGUAUAAGAAACCAAUAAGCCUGGAAAAAGAUCUUAAGAGUUUUGGCAGCUGUUAGUUAUGUGUAAAUGAACAGUGAAUGAGUUGGCUGAAUGAUAUGAUGAGUUUUAAUAGAGCCUCAGAACAUCUGGUUAUGAAAUUUUCAGAAUGCUACUCAUAACAUUAGACUGAAUUUGGGUGCUAAGAUCUGCAAUAUUUUAUCUCCAUAUUGUAAAUUCAUGUUUCAUAAACUUAUAUUUUUGUAGUACAAAAAGCAUUUGAUUUUCUGUAAAAUUACUGUUAUCAUAAAUAGAUAUGUAAAUAAUUUGUAUGAACUUUUUAUAUUGUAAAUGUUGGUCUCAUGUAGAAAUACAAGAUUGUCGUAAA